UGGGCAACAAAGAUGGCGGCGGGAACCAGCAAUUACUGGGAAGAUCUCAGGAAACAAGCUCGACAGCUGGAAAAUGAACUUGACCUGAAACUAGUUUCCUUCAGCAAACUGUGCACGAGUUACAGUCACACCAGCGCCCGGGAUGGAGGACGCGAUAGGUAUAGUUCAGACACAACGCCCCUCUUAAAUGGAUCAAGUCAAGACAGAAUGUUUGAGACGAUGGCAAUUGAAAUUGAACAGCUUUUGGCAAGACUUACAGGCGUAAACGAUAAAAUGGCAGAAUAUACCAACAGUGCAGGGAUCCCCUCAUUGAACGCAGCACUGAUGCAUACGUUGCAGCGACAUAGAGACAUUCUACAGGAUUAUACACAUGAAUUCCAUAAAACCAAAGCAAACUUUAUGGCGGUACGGGAAAGGGAGAAUCUGAUGGGAUCAGUACGGAAAGACAUUGAAUCAUAUAAAAGUGGAUCUGGAGUAAACAAUAGGAGAACCGAACUGUUUCUGAAAGAACAUGACCACCUUCGAAACUCUGAUUGUCUGAUAGAAGAAACAAUAAGCAUUGCUAUGGCUACGAAAGAAAAUAUGACUUCUCAGAGAAGAAUGCUCAAGUCCAUCCACAGCAAAAUGAACACUUUGGCCAACCGUUUUCCUGCUGUGAACAACCUGAUACAAAGGAUCAACUUUAGGAAGCGACGUGACUCACUCAUUCUUGGAGGGGUCAUCGGCAUCGGUACCAUUCUGUUGCUGCUGUAUGCAUUCCACUGAAAGGAUGGUCCAGGACUCUGCCCACCACCUUUAUGCCCUGAUCUGGAGUGGGGAAAUGAGGAAGGAGAAAGACUGCCCUGGCCAUGAGCCUGCCAGCCAGACAAACUCUAAAACUGCAUCCAUGACUCGGACCUGGUCGGACUGAGCUGAAGCCAGUUUUUCUGUGCUAUCUUUUCUAAUGCACAUUACUGUUUUUAAUUUUAAAAACAACAAAGGUUUUCAGUUGCUUGUGUUUCCCUGGAGGUAAGCAGGCAGAAGCCGAGAAUGGGCUUCAGUGACUGGGGAGCCU